UUCUGACGUGAAUGAAGUUAGCUCUUAUUACUCCGUUUUCAAUAAAUUAACUCCAAUUAUUCCAAGUGGCAAAUCCGAACGCAGAAAGUUCAUUUUAUUGUCAAAAGGCUGAGAAUAGCCGAACGCAGGAACUAUAGAGUGUUGCCAGUCCAAAAAAAAAUAAAAUUCACCAGAUCCGAGACCAUUUUUUGACAAUUGACAGAUAAUUUAAUGGUUAUGUUACGGUUCUGUUGUUUUUACAAGAAAAGAUUGCUUUUUCUAAAUGAAACCAUAAAUAACUCAUUAGUGACUAGUAGUUUAAAUGCUUCAAACUCAUAUUUGGUGAUUGAAAAUAAUGGGGCCCCAUAGGAAGCACCAGAAACGUGCAGAGUCCACUUCUGAUAGCAGUUCUACCGAUUCAAGCCCCACUAUACGUAAAAGGAGCCGGUCUGAUUCUUCUAAGAAAAAGAAGCGAAAGUUGAAGCACAAACACGUUUCGUCAUCCUCCGAUUCUUCCUCAAGUGACUCAACUCCAACAUCCUCAAGUUCAGAUUCAGAAGAAGAGAAAUUAAAGAAAAAAAUUAAGAAGAAAGCCAAACAUAAGAAAUGUAAAAAACAGAAGUGUGAGGCACAGACAAGUGAUAUUCCUCUGGAAUUGAUGGCAAAAUCCAAAGCCAUGGCCCCCAUGACUAAAGAACAGUGGGAGAAACAACAGAACGUCGUACGCCGUGUUUACGACGAGGCUACUGGCCGGCACAGGCUUAUCAGAGGCGAUGGCGAAGUCAUUGAAGAAAUAGUGAGUCGUGAACGGCACAAAGCAAUCAACCAGCAGGCCACCCGUGGCGAUGGCGAAUUCUUCCAAGCUCAAAUGUUCAAUCGUUUGAAAAAAUAAUAAUACAGUUUAAAAUAUAUGUAUUUGAUUCAAUAUAAUUGUAUAAAAUAUGAGGUUGAGCCAUCUCGCCAUGAGGGAUCGUCUACGAUUUUGGCUCGGCACAAGGGACAAGUUUGUUCGCGAUCAAACCACGUGGUUACGCAAUUUUCGCAAAAGAUGUGUCUGCAUUGGAGGAGGACUGGGGAGUCGUAGUUGUCGUGGCAGAUGGGGCAAUGGUCGCCCGCCGCCUGGAUUUGCUCCUUGUUGGGUGAUGAGCCCACAGUCUGAAAAAUUAAAUAAAAAAAAAUAAUUAUAAUAUACAGGGUGUAUGGAAAAGAUGGGGACAAAGAGUAACCUGAGAUGAUUUAAUUAAACUUACUUUUAUACCAAGUUGUACCGUUUAAAAGUUACAGGACGCCAAUGCAAUUAUGAUUUUUUUGUUUAAAUUAGUAAUUAAUUACUUUACUGUUAACUAACAGAUAUUAAAACCUAAUAGUAUAUUAUAUCACAAUGUGGAGAACAGAUUUUUUAUAGCCGAGCUAUCUGAUGCUACGCAUGCGCGGCUAUAAAAAUCUCUACCGUGUUUUAUAUAACAUUUUUUUCACUACUAGCAACCAAAGAGACAAGAAAGAGACACUGGUAAAAUAAUAUGCUUAAGCGCAGAAAUAAAAUUUUUACUCCAUGCCUCAAAGAUAAAACUUUUGCUUAUAACAUUUAAUCAUAAAAGUGGUCACUUUUGUGACGUUUAUGGAUAAAAAUUUAUUAUACAUACAGGCUGUGCCAGAACUCGCGCCCCAGCGAAAAUUUUCAAGUAAGGUAAGA